AUGUUGCAUAUGUCUGGUAGUGGUACACCUCUGGAAAUUUUAAUGCCCGGUGAAUUCUGCAGUAUGUAUGUUGGAAGAGAUGAUAUUAACUGGGCAGUUGAUGUUGCGUAUCGAACGAAAGUGGAAGAAUAUUUCAGCAAGUUUGGAAAAAUCACAGAAUUCGUGACUUUUUAUAAAACAAGUCAAAAGAAAACUGGACAUUCAUGCUUAAUAAGAAUGGAAAAUAAGGAAGUUGCAAAACGUGCUUUUGUUUAUAACAGAGAAAACCAUUGCGAUUUCAAUAUUGAACCUUAUUUUGGACGAAAUUAUCUGAACAAAGAAGGCACCUACCAUCCAUCUGCUUACCGAUUACUGAUUAAGUGGUGGCGUAGACCCAGUAAUGGUUAUGGUGAAGUAAAGUUAAAAUCUCAUGAUUUCCAACUAAGGACCUACGCUUUCAACGUGCUUUCAAAACAUUUGGGUCGUUUUCAGCCUUCAUUGCUAUCAGAAAAUGUGGUGAUACAGCUGCGCUCUCUUCCACUAGAUAUUGACGAUAAAAGAUUGCUUCAUAUUUUGAGACCAAUACUGAAUGAGUAUGAUAUAGAGUUCGAUGAAAUAUAUGUGGUACGAAAGAAGAAAUAUCCUGUUGAAAGCGAGAAAGAUUUAGAGGAGCUUUCUCAACGAAUCUCUAAUCAUAUUAUAAGAGUUGCAAAGAAUGCAGUAGGUAGUAAUGGUCAUCCAUUCGAAGUUAAGAUACGCACACCAAAACAUAGUGGUGAAAUUGAAUUUAUGGCAUUUGUUCUCUUCAAUGAUAUGAAUAUUGGGAUACAUGUGGGUAAUGCAUUGAAAGAAGCAGCGGAAAAUGGCAUAGUUUUAGAAAUGGGAUCAGGAAACUAUAUGCACGAAGCUUAUGUGCAACAAAUGUUUCAUUACCAAAUGAAAGUCCCAAUAAUUCUCUUCAAAGCCAUUUUUGAUGAUUUGAAAGAUAUUUAUAAUGCAAUCGAUCAUGAACACACUCAUUUUGACUAUCGCAAUGAUACUUAUACAAACAAAGUGAAAGCCGCGAUUGAUAAGGUAAUCGACGGAUAUACAAUCAAAUGUAAAGAUGGUGAAAGAGUAGACAAUGCUGAAUUACCCUGUCAUCAGUUGCUUACAAAAACUGGUCGAAAUUUUCUGUACAAUCUGUCACAAAAAUAUGUAAUAUUCCUGAAUACAUCUCCUUAUAAGAUGGAAGUGAAGAUUCAAGGAAGUGUUUUCAAUGUCGAAAGGGCUAAAACAGAAAUCAAGCAUUUCUUACGAGAAUGGUUGGAUGCAGACUUUAGUCACAUUUUGAUUCUACAGCCACCAGAUUAUCAACCAGGAACAUUGAAAACUCUUCUAGCUCAAAAUGGUUAUGAUCUUUAUUCACUGGAGAAGCAGUUCGGUCGUGGCUUACAUUUAGAUGCUAACAUUACUAGGCGCGAACUGUUAUUUAUUGGCAAGGAAGCCCAAUUCCAGGAGCUUUUAAAGAUGCUGCGUUCUAUUUCUGACAGUAUUCAGUCGAGUAAUUCCUCAGAGAGUUCUUUCAAUGAAAUUGGGGCACCGGUCUGUGUUGUUUGCCUUUGUACGGCAGAUUUGGAAAAUUACUGCUUAGAGGCAUGCGGCCAUUAUGCAUGUAAAUCGUGUUUAAAUAUGCAGCUGAAGGCAUCAAUUGAAGCACGUAACUUUCCAAUUGUUUGUGUUGCUUGUGAGAAACCAUUUACGUGGUCAGAUCUGGAAGUUCUUGUGCUUGGAGACUUAGAUCGCAACAAAGAUGAAGAUUCGGAGAAGUUGCAGUCAUUAUCAGAUGCAUCUCUGGCUUGUUUCGUUGAACGUCAUGGAGAUCUGUACAAGCACUGUAUAACUCCUGAUUGUCGAGGAUUACAUUGUGUCACAGCCGAUGCUGGUUUGGGUAAAUGUAGUUUGUGUGGUCGUGUACAGUGUACUAGAUGUGGAAAGGAGGAACAUGAAUCAAUAACAUGUGAGGAAUACGCAAGACUAAGAGUUGAUGCUGAUGAAUCGGUGAGAAAAUGGAUACAAGAGGAUCAAGCUAGGAGGCGAAUAUGUCCAAAUAUAAAUUGUCAAACUGUCAUUGAAAAGUUUGAAGGAUGCAAUCAUAUGCAAUGCUUGCGAUGCAAACAACAUUUUUGUUGGGUUUGCAUGUUUUCUGCUGCAGAAAGCAAUGAAAUUUAUGCUCAUAUGGAUGCGGUGCACGGUGGAUCAGGAGCUGAUAUGCAUGACUUGAUGGAUGAAAUGGGAAAUGAUGCGCUUAUUCGUGAAUUAAAUGAGAGACAGUAUCCGGCGCUAUUGUUAGAUGAAAGGUUCAACUUCGGCGAGGAGGCGGAAUUUUGGGUAAUGCCUGACGAAGAUAAUGAUGAUGAGGCGCAGGCACUGGUCCUGGAUGAUGAUCAAAAUUUCCAUUUUUUUUGA